AUGGCAUACAAGUCCGCCACGACUUGGGACAUACUAAGACCGAGACAAGACACCAAAAGCUGGGUUGAUGUAGUAUGGUUCAAAGGAGCUAUACCUAAGCUCAGCUUUCAUAUGUGGAUUGCUAAUUAUGACCGACUUCCCACACGAACUAGGCUGGCGGCAUGGGGUUUACCAAUCACCACGCAGUGCCCCUUCUGCUCCAACUUCGACGAAACCAGAGACCACCUACUACUCUCCUGCGAAUACAGCAAAGCUAUCUGGAGGGAAGUCUUCGCAAGGUGCCACCCGCCUUCUGCACCUUUACUUGACUGGUCUGAGUUGCUAUCUUGGAUCAGGAGAGCUCCAUCCUCUCAGCUAAUCCUCCUGAGGAAGCUGGCGACCCAAAUAACUGUGUAUCAUCUAUGGAAACAGAGGAACAAUCUGAUUCAUAAUCACCUAUCUUUUCCGGCCUCAACUGUGUUCUAUGGCAUCGACAAAGAGCUUAGGAACAUCAUCUCAGCAAGGAGACAUAGGAAAAGAUUUGAUUCUCUCAUGCUUUUGUGGAUGAGAUAA